CCUUUCCAACACAAGCAGUCCAUCGAUUCAUCCAAACCAGAGUUGAGCAAUACGUACUAGCAGUGAGAUUUGGCCCUUCCAAUCGAGUGAUUUCAGUUCGUGUUUGUUGGUGAGAGAGAAGAGAAGAGAAGAGAAGAGAAGAUGGCCUCCAACCAGAACCAGGCGAGCUACGCGGCCGGCGAGACCAAAGCCCGCACCGAGGAGAAGACCGGGCAGAUGGUGGGCACCACCAAGGACAAGGCGGGGCAGGCCACGGAGGCCACCAAGCAGAAGGCCGGCGAGACGGCCGAGGCCACCAAGCAGAAGGCCGGCGAGACGGCCGAGGCCACCAAGCAGAAGGCCGGCCAGGCCACGGAGGCCACCAAGCAGAAGGCCGGCGAGGCCAAGGACAAGACGGCCCAGACGGCGCAGGCGGCCAAGGACCACGCCGCCGAGAGCAAGGACCAGACCGGCAGCUUCCUCGGCGAGAAGACGGAGGCGGCCAAGCAGAAGGCCGCCGAGACGGCCGAGGCGACAAAGCAGAAGGCAUCGGAGACGGCGCAGUACGCGCAGGAGAGGUCCUCCGACGCCGCACAGUACGCCAAGGAGUCCGCCGUCGCCGGCAAGGACAAGACUGGCAACGUGCUCCAGCAGGCCGGCGAGACGGUGGCGAACGCCGUGGCGGGCGCCAAGGACGCCGUGGCGAACACGCUAGGCAUGGGCGGUGACAACACCAACACCACCACAGGCGCCACAAAGGACAGCACCACCGAGAAGAUCACCAGGGAUCACUAGACGCAUGCAUACGUCCAAUCUUUGCUGAUUUGCUUCCUUUAUUACUCGUUUGGUCCUUUUACAUAUCUGUAUGUUUCCCUCUUGUGAUUUCAGCUCGUUUAGUGUAAAUUUGCCUUCGAUUUGAGGUACUCGAUCGUGUCCGGUUCUGUAAUGAGUUAUAAUCCAUGUACUUUGGUGUAAAUGGAUAUGUAACGAGGACAGUCGAAGGUGGCAAUAAUAUUAGUUUACGGAGAGAGUAUUAUUGAAGCUUCAA